GAGAAGUGGGCAGCGUUUAACAGGUGCCGGCUCCCGUCUCGAGUCGAAGGUGCUGCGCUGCGAGAAGUCUGGGACCUCGCCGAGGACGCAGACGACGCGAAAGGGCAGCCGCAAAAGGGCAGCACAACGCAAGGGACGUCGACGACGCGUUAGGUGCCGGCUCUCAGCUGCCCGCGAGCCGGCCGCAGAGCUCCAACAAAGAUGGGCCCGCUCACGCCGCGCAACCCGCGCCUCCGCACGAAGUACCCGUACAACGACAUGGUCUGGAAGAAGCUCGACCCGGACACGAAGGGCUUCGCGGAGAUCAAGCAGGUCAUAAAAUAUGCGGACGACGUCGAGAUGUGCUGCCCGGGGUUAGUAGAUAGGUUCCAAGAGGUCGCGAAGAACGGCAAGCUCACGAAGGACGCCUUCGAUAAUUAUGGGAAGCCGACGGACCGCGCGAAGCAUCGCGCCAAGCGGGCGAAGCGGCACGACCUCGGGGAGCUGCGGCAGCUCUUCGACACGAUCGUGAAGGCCGGCGAGAAGGAUAUUAAAUUGGCGGACCUCGUGCGGCACAAGCGCGAGGUGAACCGGAUCUGUCCGGAGUUGAUUACGGAGUUUAGUGACAUCGACCAGGACAAUAGUUGCAGCGUGAGCUGGGAUGAAUUAAGGGUCUUCGCCGGCGGCACGGACGACUGGCUCAAGUUCCAGUUGCAGAACAUCAUCGGGCUCGACGGGCUGAAGGACCAGAUCCACCAGUUCCACCAGUCUAUUAGUCUGGACAAGAAGAGGCAAGCUGCAGGCUUCGACGUGAAAGACGCGGGCGGCAAGUACCACAUGAUCUUCCAGGGGAACCCCGGGACGGGGAAAACGACCAUGGGGCGCGUCGUGGCGGCGUUGCUCAAGCGCAUAGGCAUCACGCAGAGCGAUCUGUUGGUGGAAGUGCAGCGGGAUCAAUUGGUAGCGGGAUACGUCGGCCAAACGGCCCCGAAGACGCAGGAGAAGAUCGACGAGGCCUGUGCUGGGGUGCUUUUUGUGGAUGAGGCGUACCGGCUGUCGCAUGCUGUGUGGAAAUCAAAUUGUCGCGGCGCGUCUCCGCCACUGCUGAAUCAUGACCUUACGCCAUCGACGCGACGCCACCUCAAUGGCGUGGCGGUGUGGGUCUUACACGACUCGAUUCAGUCAUCAGGACAGCGUCGUCGCCGAGAAAUGACUUAGUGAAGAAUUAUGUGCACCCGACUCACUGGUUGAUUUACCCACAGGUCGCAAGGUAGUAAAUCGGGCAGCGACUACGGCAAGGAAGCUAUUGAAACGCUCAUGGGCGCGAUGACCGAGCCGCCGGGCAAGGCGCCCGUCAUGGUCUUCGCGGGCUAUCCGAAUGAUAUGGCUUCGUUCAUGCAGGCGACUAUGUGGAAAUCAAAUUUCGGGCGCCCCGCGCCAUCGACGCAACGUGCUUUCCGUAGCUGCGUCUGCGCAAUGGCGUGGCGAUUCCGCGCCAUCGACGCGACAUUGUCCCCGUGGCCACGUCGGCUCGAUGGCGUGGAGGCGCACAAAGGUCCACGCAAUAUUUCUCAGAUAACCUAACUCACUGGUUGAUUUCCACACAGGCAGGCGAAUUCCGGGCUGUAUCGACGCAUCGCGUACACGUUCGACUUCGAGGACUACACGCCGUUAGAUCUGGCGAAGAUCCUGGGGAAGAUGGCCCAGGGGAAGGGCUUCGGGCUGUCUGCCGACUUGACGUCAAACAAUUUCGAGGUUUUGAGUAGGAUGAUCGAGGAGGGCACGCUGCCCGAGGCGCGGGCCCUUAUGAACGGCGGCAUCUGCGAGCGCAUCUUCACCUUCGCGAAACAAUCAUUGGAUGGGCGGUGCCAGGCUUCCGGACAAGUAAGCGUGGAGAUAACGGCGGAGGACAUCACGAUGGCAAUGACACGCAUCCCGCCGCCGCCGCGGCGCGACGACGGCGGCGACGACGACGACGGCGGCGGCGGUGGUGGUGGCGGCGGCGGCGACGAGCGGCUGCGCCUCGAGCUGACGAACGUGAAGCAGCAGCUGAUCCUCGUCAAACAGCAGCUGCGGACGGCGCGGGCCGACAGCAGCCGGUUGCGUGGCGAGCUGGACCGGACCAAGGCCCUCCUGGCCAGCCGUCCGGCCGCCCCGCCGCCCGCGGCCAGGGGCCCACAGGCUCCGCAGGCCCCGCAGGCCCCGCCCGCGAACCAGGCCCCUCCGGCGGGCGCGGGUCAUGCCGCGGCGCGGGCGGGCGUGCCGGCCGGGGGCACGUGGCAAGUGCUCCUAGAGAGCGGCUGGGCGACGAUCGACGCCGCCGGGCAGCACAUCAUGAACGGCGCCGUCGCGGCCGGGCAGACGAGCAUACGGGACAAGAUCGCCGGCCGCGAGUAUUUUAUCGACUUCGUCGCGAAGAAGCAGACGAACUGCCGGACCGGCAAGGCGCGGGACAUCCGGUGCGCGCCCGCCGGCUCGGCGGUGCCGGCCUCCAAGCCGUCGGAAGCCGGCGGGAUUUGGCAGGUGCUCUUGAACGACGGCUGGAAGGUCAUGGACGCGCCGACGUCCGCCACGCUGAGCCAGGCGGCGAAGGCGGGGCAGACUACCGUCCAGCUCCGCCAGCGGGGCUACGACUACACCGUCGAUCUCGCGGCCCUCACGCAGACGAAUCUGGCGACAAAAGCGGUACGGCAGAUCAAGUUUGUCUAA